UGUUAAUUGCUUAGAAAUCAAACAUACCAUUAACUUCAAGCUUAUUUGAAAUAUUUCUCUAUGGAACCCUUCCAUGGUACCGAAAGGGACAAGGCAAGGGAACGCGGCCCUUAUCUUAUCACCGUAGGUGCUGGAUUCAGCUGAUGGUUGCCUCUCCACCUUAGAUAUAAAUUGGACGCCGACGCCGAUCGUGACAUCAAAUCACAAGUGAUCGUAGACUCGUACCAUUCAAAUCCAAGUCAAGAUGUUCAAGUUCUUACUUUGUGUGGCUCUAGUACCAGCCAUUGCCCUAGCGGACGUUAGCUUUCGGGCGUGUCCCGACGGAGCACCAACGCCGGAAAGCUUGGCCGUUAACAAUUGCACAGAAAGCAGCUGCAUUCUGGUUCCCGGCGAGCCGCUGUACGCCCUUGCCAGUGGAAUCGUGAGCCCGGUGGGCAGCGAAACGGCCACCGCCUAUGUGGUCGUCCGAGUGGAUGAAGUGGAGGUCGAAUAUCAAAUACCGCGGGAACAGGUUGAUGCUUGUACCGGAGGAAUCAUUGGAGGCUGUCCGAUCGUGGCCGGAACACCGUUCAACUAUGCCGUGGCAAACGAUGAGCUGAUCAUUCCGGCCAAUGACUUUCAGGUGGAGAUCGAAUUCGGUUUGAUCGGGGAUGGAGGGGUGAAGCUGGGUUGUGUUCGAUUCGACGCGUAUGUUCAGUAG